AUGGAUCCACCGCCUCCGCCCCCUUCUACUCUUCCUCUCUCUUUCGAGCACCAGGUCAGUCUCAUCACGAGCCCUCAGCCCCGCUUCCGCUUCCGCUUCCGCUCCCGCGCCACAGAAGACUCGCGGCAGUCGACCUGCCCCUCCUCCCUCCUGGCGAUGGCGAUGGCGAUGGGGACGGAGCAGGGCAAGACAUGGCAGCCGGGUGCUCCGCUUGGCCCAACGUUUGCGAGAGGCUUGGAUCUGCAGCUUCUCCUCCUGACAAAAGAGGGCCUCCUAAGGCCUGCCGAGAUUGACAUCGACACCACUGUUGUGGACAUUAUCACCGUCAACGUAUGCCCGUGCGUCACCCGUCUUGCCGAGGCGAUAAGCGACCUCAUCUCCCGUUUUGCCCUCCUCGCUAUCAUGAAAAUCAGUAAAGCCUGGAUGCUUGGCGGGCGCCGCUACGACGCGACCCUGGCGAUUGACCAGUUUUACAGCAUGGACUUCGAUAUGGGCUUUGUCUACAACCAGACGGCCAAAGCUUGA